UUUGUUGUCCUAUGACUAUUGACCUCCUGUGCCUCUGCGAGAGAAAGCGCGAGAGAGAGCGAGCGAGCGAUGGUUUCGACGGCAACACUGGCAGUGGUGAAUCUGUCCCUCAUGAUGGCUUCGAAAUGGUCUAUGGCGUUUCUAUUUUUCCUCGGGAUGAUUGUUUUUGCAGCUGUGAAGAGAAGAAACCGGGAAUCAUGUUCAACCUCGUUGUUGGCAUCAUCUGGAAUCAAUCAUGAAGUAUAUCUGAGUUUUAGAGGUACAAAUACUCGCAAAGGAUUCACAGGUUUCCUACAUAGAGGUUUGGAAAAGGCGGGGAUCGAGGUCUUUAAGGAUGACAAAAACCUUCAUGGUGGAGAAGAGAUCGAGCAAGGGCUAAAAGAUGCAAUUAAGCGGUCGAGGAUCUCGAUAGUCAUCUUCUCCAAAGAUUACGCUUCUAGUAAAAGUUGCCUCAUGGAGCUGGUAAAAAUGUGGGAGUGCAGAAAAUCCCAUGGUCAGAUUAUUAUCCCGAUUUUCUAUGAUGUUAGUCCCGACGAUGUGAAACACCAGACUGGGGAUUUUGCAACGUCCUUCAAGAAACAUGAGGACGACAAAGUCAACCCAAAGACCAUCAAAACAUGCAAAAAGGUUCUUCGACAGAUCGUUGAUUUAGUCGGAUAUGAGCGGAAAGAGAUAAAUGGGGGGCAUGAGACCGACCUCGUAGAAAAAGUUGUUACACGUGUCAGGCAGGUGUUGAAGAAGGACGACCAACUUGUCACCGAAGAUCUAGUUGGAGUCGACCUUCAUGUUCAACGGAUGAUGACGAAGCUUGGUGUUGUCUACAGCGAUGGACAAGCGAAGAAAGUGUGUGGACAAGACAGACGGGUUGUCGCCAUAUGCGGAAUGCCGGGUGUCGGAAAGACUACACUUGCGAAGGUUGUCUUUAACAAGAUGCAUAAAUUGUUUGAUGGAUGUAGCUUCCUCGAAGAUAUAAAUUCGAAAGGAGUAGAGGAUUUCCAAGAAAUGUUGAUUGCUGACCUUAAAAAGGAAAAAAUUGAACCUUUGGGAUCUUCUGAUAAAGGUAUUAAAAUAAUAUCAAGUCAAUUUAGUAAUAUGAAGGUUCUCAUCGUGCUUGAUGAUGUGCAUAAAAAUGAACAAAUUGAAGCUUUAGCUGGGAAACUUUCUUGGUUUAAAGCAGGAAGUAGAAUUAUUGUGACCACAGAUAACAGUAAUGUUUUAGGUGUUUUUGACGAUGUAGCAAAAUACACGGUCAAACCAAUGGGAAAUGACCAUGCUCUUGAACUCUUCCGUAAGCAUGCUUUUCCAGUGGAUGCUCCUCCAAAUGUCCCCGAGUAUGAUUCCUUGUCGAGAGACAUCGUCGAAGCUCUUGGAGGGCUACCUAUGGCUAUUGUGCUUUGGGCAAAAAAUUUAAAGAGAAAGAAGGAAAUAGAAUCAUGGAGAGGUAUCCGGAAUUACUUACAAGAUUGUCCAUCUGAGAAAAAGGUAGAAGAUGCCUUUAAGGCCAGUUAUGAUUCUUUGGAUAAACGAACAAAGGAGAUAUUUCUCGAUAUAGCAAGUUUUUUUAUCGGAAAUGAUCAGAAAAUUCCCUGUUACAUGUGGGAGGCUUGUGGUUUCCAUCCUCCUAGAGAAGUAGAAGACCUUUGUGACAUGCAUUUAUUGGAAAUCGGAAAACAUAAUGAAUUAAGGAUGCACAAUCUGUUAAGACACUUUGGCAGGGAGCUUGUCAAGGACAAAGGUCAGCUUCAGCGCUGCAGGUUUUGGAAUCCCAGGGAAUCACUUCCCACUCCAAAUAAUGUCGAGGGUACUCUAAGUGUCAAAGGCAUUGGUCUCACAGUUGAAAUGGGUUGCACCGACAGUUUUAAUUGUAAAGAGUUUUGCAAAAUGUCGAAUUUGUGGUACCUCAGACUGGACCGGGCUAAAAUCCAGGGAAAUACUAAGGAUCUUCCUCCAAAUUUGAGGUGGCUUGAUUGGCGAGGGUGCCGUUCAAUUCCUGAGCUAUGUGAUUUGCAUUUGAAGGAAUUGGUCAUUCUCGAUCUGUCUGAGAGUAAGGUCACCAAAAAUUCAGAAUUCUGGGAACAAAUUGCGAAGAAGGUGGAGAAAUUGAAAGUCUUGAACCUACAAGGAUGUGUUAAGUUACAUGCAUCGUUUAAAUUUCCGGCUCCCACCAAUUUGGAGAUUUUGAUACUGGAAGAUUGUACCGAGUUAUCUGAAAUUGGGCCAUUCAUUAAGAAACUGAAGAAGUUGAGUUCCUUAAAUUUGAGAAAUUGCAGACUAGUCAAGCAGUUGCCCCAAGAACUGCACGGCAUGGAAAAUUUGACGGAACUUCUGAUUGAUGGAACUGGCAUCCAUCAAAUUGUUUGCCAGGAAGGGUCUUUGAAGAGUCUUAAAAUACUUAGUGCUCGUGGGUGUAAAAAUUUGAGAUUUAUAUCCACAAUUGGCUGCCUAACGGAACUCCAAAGUCUUGCUCUGGAUGGUGCUAAAUUUAAUUGGCAUCCAAAGUUUGUAUUCCCUCAGAAUCUUCAGUCUUUCUUUAAGGAAUUGUCCGAUGUUCAAAGAACUUCCAACUUCCAUCGGGAAGCUGGGGCUGUUGGAGACAAUGGACCUUUCAGACACUAGAAUCACGGAACUACCAGAGUCAGUCAAGGAAUUGAGUAAUUUGAAGAGGCUGAAGAUGGAACACACUCACCUACAAAAAUUUCCUGAGGAUAUUGUGAAGUUAAAGAAACUGGAAGAGAUAGAUUUCUGUCGCUGCAGAAGUUUGGAGGGCCAAGUUCGUUGUGAUAUUUCAGGAUUAUCCGCUUUGAGAAUUUUGAGAUUAUCGUCAUCCAGUGUGGCUGGGCUGCCUCAGGGGAUUUGCCAUCUAUCUCGACUCCAAACCCUUGACGUCCGUAAAUGCAGACAACUUCAAGCACUACCAGAGUUGCCCUCCAGUUUAGUCACUCUCUUCUGGGGAUCCAAAAUCAUGGCAGUCCCCAAAUUGACAAAUCUGACAAAUCUAAAAGAGCUAUGCUUGAAUCAUGAUGAGCAGAUAGAAGCGGGGUCAUCGAAUCAGACCCCAAAUAUGAGGUGGAUCAUGGUAUUGACAAGGCUAGAGACCUUGGAAUUGUCCCUUCCAAAUGUCACCAAUCUCCCUGGGGAUUUUCGUGGCCUUACCAAUCUCCGGGAACUCACUUUAUCCUACAUGAAAGAGCUAGACCUCACACAACUUCCCUCCUCAAACUUAUGGACUCUGCGUCUCAAACACUGCAAGAUUCCAGAGCUAAAAUUUUCUAGUCUGAAACAUCUGUCAGAACUAGAACUAGAGGACUGCGAUUUAGCACAGAUUGAUGGUCUCAAAGAUUUAAAGCUUUUGGAACUCCUGAAAGUUUUUCGUUGCAACCGAAUAACAGACCUUGACGAGCUCAAAGGAUUACCUCGUCUCAGGAAGGUGAAAGUUUUCCCUUUUGAUGCUGCCAGUCUAUCAGAAUUACGCGAACGUGGAUGUGAAGUGGACACCUUUAUCCCGCCUUCUUCUCGGUCUGUGGCUGGAUAGUCUCUGUCCUCUACGAACUACCGUUGAACUUUUGAGUCUUCGACAUGACAUCUCUUAGUCUGAGAAACCGGGUGGCCACCUCUCUAAGGGCCGCAAAAUACCCCAGGCAAAUUCUUCUCGUCAGGCGAUUGUCAGUGGCAUCAAGAAUCUUGCAUCAAAGCCAUUGCCGAAGCCUUAGGAUGCAUCAUCCAAAAGCCAUCCGCUCCCUCUCAGCUCUUCAAUCACGAAGAAAGAGAAGACGAAAAAGAAAAACAAGAUGCAGCAUCCGUGCGCAACGUUGCGAGGACUUAACGGACGUGAACCAUCACGGGCCUUCACUUUUUUCAGCUCUGCUAUUGAGAUUCGUCCUCAACACCGCCUUCGAGUUUUGCUUUUAUUUGUUUCAGUUGAUCAAGUCAUCGGUUCCCGAAUCUCCAGGAGUUCAUUAUAGGAUGGCAAAGCGAAAAGGAUUUGACGGAGAUCUAAUUAGAAGGAACUACAAGAGAGUGUGCUCGUGAUCGUGAAAUUGAGUAGGAUGAUUGCGAUGUUGAGAGAGAAAUAGAGAGAUGCGUCUUUGAAUUGAUCUGCUAAGAUACUUUUCAUCCAUCGCUCUCUUCUCCUCUUCUUAUUUGAUUUUCUUCCCUCUCGCACCUCUGGAUGUGUUGGAGAUCGUGAGUGAUUCUGUUUGUAGAUUGAUUGAUUUAGUGAAUAGGAAGUUUUAGUAAAUAGGAAAUUUAAAAUUCUUUGUAUAUCGUUUCCUUUUAUUCUCUUCCAUUCUUGCACUAUAAAUGUAAUUAAUGUGCUUGUAUACAGAUCAAUGAAUAUACAGUAAAAUUCCUCUCUUUCUCCUCUA